AUGAAAUCAUUCACUAUCAAUCGACAAUUGAUAACAUCAACAAUGAAACCAAACAAAGAGAUUGAAGAAACAGCAGCGGCGGAAGGCGCUUUUGUUUAUCAUGGAGUGAAACACGGACAUUCUUAUUUAUCACAACAAUGCACCACAAAUGUCCUCAAAACAACUUUUUCGUCUUCUUCUGCAAUUGCAAAAUCAAUGUCUUGCGGACGAACAAAGUGUAAUUCGAUUCCAGUCAAUGUUUUAGCUCCAUAUUUUACUCAAAAAGUUUUAACUGAAGUAAAAGAAGCAUAUUUUUAUUCUAUAAUGUUUGAUGCCUCGAAUAAAGGCAAUACAAAAUUUUUUCCAGUUUGUGUACAAUAUUUUUCAAAAAUUGGAGUGAAAAAAGGUAUUAUCGAUCUGAUCGAUGAUGCUGAUGAAUCAGCAACGAAUAUCUUUGAGAAUCUUAUGACUGUAAUUAAAAAAUCUGGUUUCCCAUUCGAUGGUCUUACAUCGAUCGGAGCUGAUAAUACUAAUGUGAAUAUGGGUAAUGAUCAUAGUGUUUAUACAUUAUUUAACAAUGAAAUUGAAAAUCUAUUUAAAGGAAACUGUUACUGUCAUAUAUUGCACAAUGGGGUGAAGUGGGUUCAUCAGCAGUUGACUGUCGAUAUUGAGAAAUUUCUUAUGAUGACCUAUGCUCAUUGUUCACGUUCAGCCAAGAGAAUUGAAGAACUAAAGAGUUAUUAUGAAUUUUACGAACAGGAUUUUCAUGUUUUGCUAAAGCACAUAAAAAUUCGAUGGCUAUCGUUGUAUUCAUCAAUUGAACGCUUAUUACUUGUUUACAAAUCAGUAAAGAACUAUUUCACCGACCAAUUAAACAAGGAAAUUCCUAAAGAAUUAGAAAAGCAUUAUCAAUCUGAAGAAACAUUAUGUGUUUUAUCAUUCUUGCAUCAUGUUCUUUUUGAGAUCCAAAAACCUAAUUUGGAGUUACAAAAAAAAUGUAUUACAGCAAUUGAUUUAAAUCGAAUAAUUAUAUCGCUUCAAUACAAAUUAAAACAACGUUUGGACACAGGUCUUUUUGGAAUUCAUUGUCGACAAAUAUUAAAUCGAAUACCAUCUAAUACUAGCAUCGAACUACAAGCUUCGUUCGUACGAUUCAUCUCGAAAUUUUUGGAGUAUGUUGACAAAUAUUUCUCCCAAAAUGUUGCUAUUCUCGAAGCUAUUGGGCAUUUCGGUAAUGGAAUUGAAAAUCUUACUUAG